AUGGAACCCAGACACCAAGCUUGCGUCCAUUCAGCCCGGCGGCUACUGGGAACUGUCUACGACGAACUAGUGCCCUACGGCGUCACUGUUGCCGGUGGACGCGCCGGCGGGAACUCAUUCUACUCCGCGUCUCAUGGCAUGGCCUGUGAUGCUGUUGCCAACUUUGAGGUUGUGCUCGCCAAUGGAAAUAUUGUCAAUGCCAACAAGGACAGCAAUACAGGUCUCUGUUUCGACAUGUACCCCAUCGAUUACGCUGAUCCAUCAAACCCUGUCGUCUGGGGUGGCAAUCUUUUCUACGAAUUAUCUUCGGGUCCGGCAGUCAUCGAUGCUCUCGUUGACUUCACGGACAAUGCUUACAAGGACGAGAGCAGCUCUUCUAUUGUCUACCGGGUAUACCUGCCUGCUGUUCUUGGGGGCACUAUACUCAAUGCCGCCAUCGAGAACACGCGUGCAACAGUGAAGCCAAGGGCUUUUGACGGGUACUACGCUGUGGCAGGCGGCUACGAUGGUACGACCAAGGUCGGCACUCUCUCUGCUGUCGCCAAUGAGCUGGGGUCGGGCCAGCCAGCUGGUUUCCGUAUCUGGCUCGUCGCAUCCUUUGAGAACGACGCUCGCCCAAUAAACUACGCGGUCGAAAAAUUCAUCAAACUGAACGCUGAGCUGGAGAAAUUCGCGCCAUCUCAGGAGACCGGUCUCAACACACUCUGCAUGUUCCAGCCCAUCACCAAAUCCAUUGUCGAGAAGGGCGUGGCAAACGGCGGCAACGUCAUGGGUCUUGAAAGCCACAUCAGUGAGGGCAAUGGCAUUAUGUUCUUGCUUACUUUUGUUGUUCAUGGUCGUGAAGCUGAGGAACGGGCACUGCCUCUUCUCACUGCGUACAUGCAGGAUCUGGACGAUUACGCCGAGAAGCUUGGUGUGAACUGGGGAUGGUGCUAUCUGAACUACGCGCACAGCAGCCAGGACGUGAUAUCCUCCUUUGGGGAAGACGCUGUCGAGAAACUACAGGCCGCCGCGGCUAGGUAUGAUCCGGAUAGCGUGUCCCAGAGGCUACGUGGGUCGGGCUUCAAGCUUACGUGA